AUGAUCCAUCACGUCGCUUUUGCAUUCGCCUUAGUUUUAGCCAGCCAUUUGUGCUUGGCAACGCCUGUGGCUAAUCCAGAUCCAUUUGGUACCCACCGGACACAUAUUCGCGUUCACUUACCCUAUGAGAUCCACACCCAGCACCAUCACCACAUCGAGAAAGUUCCUGUUAUUAAGGAAGUGCCGGUCAUUAAGGAAGUGCCCGUUUUAAAAGAAGUACCAAUUAUCAAGACCGUACCCGUAUAUAACACAGUUCACGUACCUGUAUUUAAUACCGUAGCCGUCGAGAAGCCGGUGUUUGUACCAAUCCACGUUAAAGAUCACCACUGGCACUAG